UGUUGGAGUGACCACAGGCUCCACCUCCUCCUUCCCCCUUUCUCUCUCUCUCUCUCUCUCUCUCUCUUUAUUCCCUUUUCCUCGCCUGUAAUUUAUUGUUUUCUUCAUCCAUUCACAGCCAAAGGCGAGGAGAGAAGAAAAGGUCUCGCCUUUGCUUCUCAAUCUGCUUCUUUUCUUCGAAUUCAGUUCUUCCCUCCCUUCCUCUUCUCGGUUUCGAUCGGUGGGCAGCGUUCGUAGGGUUCUGAGAUCCUCGAACGAGUCGUAGCUCCCUCUGGCUUCCAAGUCAGGAUUCUCCAAGACCAUUUGGUUCGGCGUCAGAUUUAAUGGGCCUCUUUGCUGAUCCAUGAAUCCGAGUGUUGUUCUUCUUCUCCUUCUCCCCCUGGAUUUGUGUUGCAAGAUACCAGUUUCGAAUUGUGAGCCCAUGAUGACGGGAUCGCGGAUGGAAGCGACGGCAACGGCGACGGCGACGGCGACGAGCUACUCCAGCUCAGAUUGGGUCCUCGGCCAGAAGAGGUGUGGGAACGGGAGUUGGACGCAGGAAGAGAACAAGCACUUCGAGGACGCGCUGGCCAAGUUCGACGGGGACACCCCGGACCGCUGGGAGAAGGUGGCGGCGUGCAUCCCGGGCAAGACGGUGGCGGACGUGAAGAGGCAUUACCGCCACCUCCUGGACGACGUGAGGGAGAUCGAAGCCGGGCGGAUCCCCUGCCCCGGCUACGCCUACAGCUCUUCUUCCUUCACCUUGGACUGGGAGCACAGUCAUGGCCUCGACGGCUCCAGGCAGCAGCCCUACUGCAUCAGCGGCAAGAGGUGCGGGUUGAGGGCACCCGAUCACGAGAGGAAGAAGGGAGUCCCUUGGACCGAAGAAGAGCACAGGCUCUUCUUGCUCGGCCUCAGGAAGUACGGCAAGGGGGACUGGAGAAACAUCUCCCGUAACUUCGUGACGACCAGAACACCCACCCAAGUGGCCAGCCAUGCCCAGAAGUACUUCAUCAGGCUCAACUCCGGCGGCAAAGACAAGAGGCGGUCCAGCAUUCACGACAUCACCACCGCCAAUCUGCCGGAUGUCAAACCCCUCUCCCCCUCUCAGCUAUCUAAUCUCUCCGCCCAGUCGAGCCCCUUCUCCGUCAUCGUCGACUCCAACCCACCGACGGAAGCAGACGUGAGCCGCUUCAUGCAACAACACCAGUUCGGAGUGACACCAUAUGGUUCGGCGCGGGGUGGCGUUCUCCAUGACUCUGUUGUCUGUGACAAUGCUUCCUUGUUUCAGAUGCGGUCAAGCCAGCAUCACCCCCGCGGAUGAGGUGCUCGGAGAAGUCGAACGGAGAUCGUGGUUACUUUUUUGUUGUACAUUCUGUCAUUUCACAUCGUAUAAGCGACUAUGGCAUGUCAAUUGAAUCGCAUAAUGCUGCAAAAUUGCUAUGCGCAUUGCUUCUUUCGCAUGUGCUACUCCCAAGGAAUUCGGAAGGUAUUCGAGACUGUGAUUUUA